UGCAGUGUAUCCCUCCGCGCGAGUCGGAAAGCAUUUCGAGCGAAAGCACAGCAGCACGAUGUCGUAGCCAGCGCUGUUUGAUGCGUGAAUUUGUGGUGAUAUAGGAACUUUUGAGGCAUGGAAGCGGUCAAUCCGAGUAGUUCGAGACUCUUUGUUUCGUGCGCCGUCGAUGCCAAGGACGAUUUAGAGGAGCGGUUCGACCGGUGUUUCCAACUUUUGCAAAAGUUGACCUCGGGCCUGUCAGAAAAGGAGAGCAACGACGUGUUGAACAGCACCAUCAGCAAGGACCCGAGAUGUCACGACGAGAUUUGCAUAGGCCUAAUGGUGGCCGUCCUUCUUGACCCCCAGAGUGCCGCCAAGAGCUACCGAGACUUGACUUUGAUAGCCAGAGAUGGCAUGAACACGGUCGUGCAGAAUCUGACGCAGAUCGCGGUCGAGAGGUUCUCCAAGUUGAGUGAAGUUGUGUGGCAUCAGCUUCUGUGGUUCACCAGGGAAUUGAUCAGGAACUCUGUGAACGGUGUGGACAUUUUGUGCUGGAACGUCCUUCGGAAUAUUUCCGGCGGAGACGUUUCGCCCCGCAAUCUGGCUGUUGCUGAAUACAUGCUUGACGUUUUUAUGGAAUACAGGGCAUGGCUGGACAAAAACAGCUUUCUCGUCGCGUCUGUUGUUUACACGUAUUUAAGGCUGAUCGAUGACCAUGGUGGCAAUCACACUCAAGCUUUAGCCCCGCUGCGACAAAAGGAAGUUACGUUCACCGUGUCACUUCUGAGAGAGAAGUUCAAUGACUGCUUAGUGAUAGGAAGGGACCUAGUACGCUUACUUCAAAAUGUGGCUCGCAUCCCCGAGUUCGAGAGCUUGUGGAAGGAUGUUUACCACAAUCCUAAAGUCUUGAGCCCCAAUUUCACAGGUUUGGAUCGAUUUUUUCUGAAUAAAUUAUUAUUCUAUAAUUCAUUUACAGGCGUUCAGCAAUUGAUGCAGACAAGGACGUCGAGACGGUUCUUGCAGUCUAGGCUAACUCCAGACAUGGAGAAGAAAAUUGUUUUUCUUACUUCGAACGUACGCUUCGGGAAUCACAAGAGAUAUCAAGAUUGGUUCCAAAGACAGUAUUUGAACACGCCCGAGUCGCAGUCCCUGCGCUGUGAUCUGAUAAGGUUCAUCGUCGGUGUGAUUCACCCGACGAACGAACUGCUCUGCUCGGACAUCAUUCCUCGAUGGGCUGUCAUAGGCUGGCUCCUGACCACUUGCACAUCAACCGUGGCCGCCGCCAAUGCAAAAUUGGCGCUUUUCUACGACUGGCUCUUUUUCGAGCCCGAAAAGGAUAACAUCAUGAACAUAGAGCCGGCCAUCCUCGUCAUGUUCCACUCGAUGCGCUCCCACCCUGCCGUAACGGCAACUCUGUUGGAUUUCUUAGUCAAGAUCAUUCCAAACUUCUAUCCAGCCCUGUCGGAAAAGGUCCAAGCUGGAAUAUUUGCAUCUUUAAAAACAAUACUGGAUAAAAGAGUGCUGCCUAAUUUAAAUCCGAUCUUUGACAACCCGAAAUUAGACCGAGAGUUGAGAGUGUCAGUGAGAGAAAAGUUUAAAGAAUUCUGUGCGCCCAUCGGUGCAGACGGCAAUGUUAAACACGAAGACUUUCCACAUCCUUCCCACCCAGUACUUAUGGACUGCUCGCCGGUUCCAAUCAGCCCCAGCAACAAUCACGACGAACCUGCAUUUAGUGACGAAGACGAAGAAGAUGUUCCUCUGGCCACAAAAGUAAAGCUGAAGAAAAGUGAGGAUAAAAAGGAUAACAUUGAAGAUGCCAUGGCCGCGUUGGAGGACGACAUGCGGACCGAACUUGAGAACCUUAAAUCGAAUGAUAAUGAAACUCAAUGUGAAGCAAUGGAGAGGCUUGUGCAACUAAUCAUCGACGAUAAUGCUGAUGAAGAAACAGCACCCUUGUUAGCUACCUGUCUGUGUUCAGUCCUCAGGGAUCAAUUCGAAAACAAGCUUUUGCCCAGUGACCCGUUGGACGAGAACAUUGAGGAAAGCAUCGAAAAGCCUUUGUUUGUUAUGUUUCGGAAUUUUGCACAAAUGCAGGACGGAAAUCAAAAUCCACGCCCUCUCGUCCAAGUGCUGGUGGAAAUGAGUGAAAAGGAACCCAAAGUCGGAUACUUUCUGCUCUACUUUUUAAAAGCCAGCAAUCUGGACGGCUUGAAAACUGUGUCUUCUGUGUCUGUAUUGUACGAGCAGUAUUGCAAAGCGAUGGAAAAGGAUCUUGUCAACAUUCUCCUGGCCGAUAUGAAACUUUGUCAAGAGGAUGACCGAACCUUGUUUGUGUGGCUUGUACCUGAGGUCUACCAGUUGUUUCCUUCCGCCACACAAAACAACACCGAACUUCUUCAUUUGCUGUUAGAAGUAGUCGAUGCUAAUCAAAUGCAACUCCUUAUUUGCCUAGUGUUGCAGAGCAAACUUGUGAUAUUUAAUACAGAUACGCUUGUCAAUGUGUUGAAAGAGUCGCUCAACUGGGAAACUUUCGAGCAGUGCUGCUUCUGGCACCUGAUCGAGGCGCACAACAUACCAGUCGACGACUUGAUGCCCAUCCUCCCCGAACUGGAUUUCCUGAAGCACGCCGAGGCGCUUUCGAGUGUGAUGCUGUUCCUGAAGCAGGAGAGACCGUCCGUGGAUCUCCUGAAGAACAUUCUGAUCAGGACGGCGAAAUCAACAGACUUUUUUGUCGUCUCCAUAAUGCAAUAUUGGAUACAAGACUACGAGGACAAGGUCGCCGACAUGGUGGCCGGCCUCUUGAACAAACUGUCCUCGUCGUCGCCCAACAAGAGAAAAAGAGGCGCCGGCAACAAAGGCCCCGGACCGCCGUCGAUGGAGCAGAUCCUGGCCCACUUGGACCAGCUGCGCAUCGUCAGCAAACACAACCCCAAGUUCUUCCUCCUGGACAGCAUGCAGAGGGCGCUGCAGCAGGUCCUGGCCACCUGCACCGAAACUCAAAAGAAGAAAUUCACCGAUCUGCUGGCAUUGGCCGAGGAAUUGUCGCCCCGAGGAUCCGGCACUGGCGGCCGAGGGACCAGAAAAGCUGCGUCGACCGCCAAAAGCCAGUCCAGGACGCGGCCGAUUCCCAUUCCCUCCGAGUCCUCUGAAGACUCCAGCGAGGAGGAGGAAAUAAUCAAACCAAAGCAGGCGAAGAAACGCAAAAAGGCAACGGUGGUGGAAAGUGAUUAGACAGUGUGCAAGCAAGUGCAGAACCCAUCGUGUCCAGUCUUGUGAUGAAACCAUAUUGCAUUUUAUCUAAAAGAAAAAGAUCGUUUCAAUAGCGAGCCAAUCGUGAAACCUACAAGCAGAUUAUUUCGGCAACCGUAACAUAAGAAGUUUUACCCUUGAGAAGUUUUUUAAAAGCCAAUAACGUCAAAUUGUAGAUACUGAGCGGUCCUGUGGAUUUAAUGAUAAAAACACCGAGGAUGUACAUUUGUUUGUAAAUAUAUGCACAUAUUUGAUAAGAAAACAAUUGAAUGAAAAUUAUUUAAGCAA